GAAAUCACCCUUUAAUCUGCGCCAUUUUUUCAGAAAAUUAUCACUAUUUUCCUUCAGCUUGAAAGUGUGUGUUGAAUUGGUUUCAAUUGCCUUUGGAUUGAUAUUCCAUCUAUCUCAGUUUUGCCAUUUGUUGAUUUCUCAUGGAUCAAUUACGAAGAAAAUGUACUAAAAGAUUGGCUCAAGCCGUUGCAGAACGCUUGUUGUUCAUGGUAUGUCUGAUAAGUUUUGGCAUUUAUCUAGGAAUGAGGGUCUUAUCUCCUUACAUUCAAUUGAUCAUUCUUUUCACGUUAAUUAUAAGCGUCACUUGCUUAUUAAUGCAGACUAAGGAUCGCAUAAAUAGAGCAGUCUUAGUGGAUAGUUCAGAUGAAGCCGCUAGUUUUGCGGGAGUUGCUUACCACGGACUCGAUAGUGGACCACCACCACCAAUCACCGAUAUAGACAUCGAAUCAAACUAUUCUGAAGAUGCUUCUACAUUUUGCACCAAUCAAGACGUUGAAGCAGGUUUGUCUUCUGGAAAAUCACCAACUUCUGAAUCUCGCGUACCAGGAAAACCACAAAAGAUUUCGUUGAAUAUUGCAUGUCCAGAUGAAAUGUUACCAAGACGCCAAGAUGAAGAGAGUGAUUUGUCGUCAGGUAGGUGCUCAAUGGAUACACAGAAAUGUUUCGCAUCUCGAGAAAUGAGUCUUGAAUUUAGUUCUGAUGAAGCCAAUUCAACUGAAUGGCCAGUAGCGAAGUUCUACAUGGGGGAAGAAGAUGAAUCCAGCACCGGUGAUUUUGAUUUUAACACAGGUGGUAUUUAUUAUGGUACACCUUAUUUGUAAAAGCAAACUUGUUAUUUCAUUGGAAUAACAAAAAAGUAUGG